AUGUCUAUCGACGCUCAAGCACCUGCCGCUGAGGCUGGCCUCUCAAAAGAAGAGAAGCGCGCGAAAAAGGAGGCCAAAAAGGCCAAGAAAGCAGCUGCUGCCGGUAUCGCCGGUUCCUCGUCCACCCCCGCCCAAGCUGACGGGUCGAAGGAGGAUGGACUGAGCAAGGAGGAGAAGAAGAAGCGGAAGGACGAGAGGAAGCGGAAGCGAGUUGCGGAGCAUGCAGAGGUGGCUAUUGAGCCUACUCCCUCAGCUGCAGCGGAGGGUUCUGCUGCGUCGGCAGAUCAGCCCAAGAAGAAGUCGAAGAAGGACAAGAAAGCCAAUGGGGCAUCCACCGAGGCUCCUGCUGCCGCCGGUACCUCGUCCUCGUCCGCUGCGCCCUCGGUCGUCCCCGCCAACUUCACCGCCGAGCACACCACCUACCUCACCGAACAAGGCAUCACCCUUACCCCUCACCUCUUCCCGCCCAUGCUCUCCAUCGCCGGUCUCCCCGUCUCGCCCUCGAUCCUCUCCUUCCUCUCUCGCUUCCCCAAACCUACACCAAUCCAGGCUUGCGCUUGGCCCCCUCUCCUCGCUGGCCGAGACGUCGUCGGUGUCGCCGAGACCGGAAGUGGUAAAACCCUCGGGUUCGGCGUACCCGGUCUACAGUUCCUCUCUACCCUCUCGACCACCGGUGGCGGAGGCGGAAAGAAGAAGAAGGGCGGUGCUGGCGGAGGAGCGGGCGUGAUACAGUUGUUGGUACUUGCGCCAACGAGAGAGCUGGCCUUGCAAAGCCACGACACGCUGAGCGAUCUGGGGAAGAAGAUGGGCGUGGAGUCGGUAUGCCUGUAUGGAGGUGUAGGGAAGGAUGCGCAGCUGGCGAGUCUGGCCAAGAAGGAGACGAGGGUGGUUGUGGGGACGCCGGGACGGGUGUUGGAUCUGGCUGAUUCGGGAGAUAUGGACUUGUCAACUGUCAAGUACUUGGUCCUAGAUGAAGCCGACCGAAUGCUGGACCAAGGAUUCGAGAACGAUAUCCGCCGUAUCAUCGCCCACACCAAAGCUGAGGGCAGGCAGACCGUCAUGUUCUCGGCAACAUGGCCCGAGUCCGUCCGGCGCCUCGCUUCCACCUUCCUCAACAACCCCGUCCGGAUCACCGUCGGCUCCGACGAGCUCAGCGCCAACAAGCGUAUCGAGCAGAUUGUCGAGGUCCUUGAUUCUGGACGCGAGAAAGAUCCCCGAAUGCUGCACCACCUCCGCGCGCACAUGGCCGCCCACCCCUCCACUCCCGCCGCGCCUACCCGUAUCCUCGUUUUCGCGCUCUACAAAAAGGAGGCGCAACGCCUGGAACAGACGAUCGGGCGGAACCGGUAUAGCGUCGGCGCGCUGCAUGGGGACAUGGGCCAAGAGGCGCGUUUCAGGGCUUUGGAUCAGUUCAAGAGGGGCGAUGUGAAUGUCUUGGUGGCUACGGAUGUGGCGGCUAGGGGGUUGGAUAUCCCGGAUGUAGGGUUGGUCAUUAAUGUGACGUUCCCUCUGACUACUGAGGACUUUGUGCACCGAUGCGGUCGGACAGGCCGAGCGGGCAAGACCGGCAAGGCACUCACGUUCUUCACUGGCGAGAACCACGAGCGGUCCCUUGCUGGCGAAUUUAUGCGGGUGUUAAGGGAUGUUGGGGCGGAGAUUCCAAAAGAGAUGGAUAGGUUCCCUAGUACCAUCAAGAAGAAGGAGCACGGAUCAUAUGGUGCUUUCUACAAGGACAUGUCGGAUGCGCCUGCUCCGACCAAGAUUACCUUUGACUAG